GCGACUCCCCCCUUUUUGGGCGCUUUCGCCUUCCGUCUUAUCCACCGUUCUGUACAUAUCAAAGUUCAUGUGCAUCUUGGUUAAUAUUUGACUGGAGGAUCCUCAGCUCCUCCUCAUGGCAGAGGUGUUUUAUGUUGGAGUGGAUGUGGGCACUGCCAGUGUGAGAGCCGCACUGGUGACUAGAGAUGGACUCCUGAGGACCACUGCAGAGGAACCCAUCUCCAUCUGGAGUCCCCAGCCUGAUCACUAUGUCCAGUCCUCCACAGAAAUAUGGCAGAAAUGCUGCUCAGUGGUCAAGAAAGUUACCAGUGGUGUGCAGAGCAGCCAUGUUCGGGGCAUUGGCUUUGAUGCUACCUGCUCUCUUGUGGUGUUGGAUAAAAGCUUUCAGCCUGUUCCAGUCACUCAGGAGGGGGACCCACAGAAGAACGUGGUGAUGUGGAUGGACCAUCGUGCUGCAGAGCAGGCAGUUCGGAUAACAAACACCGGACACAGGGUCCUGAGCAAGGUCGGGGGGGUCAUGUCCCAAGAACUGCAACCCCCAAAGCUUCUCUGGCUAAAAGAGAAUCUAAAGGAAAGCUGUUGGGACAGAGCGGCUCAUUUUUUCGAUCUACCAGACUUCUUGUCCUGGAAAGCUACAGGUUCCUUAACAAGAUCUUUAUGUACUCUAGUUUGUAAAUGGACCUACUGCCCUCCAGAUGGAUGGGAUUCCAGCUUUUGGACUAGCAUUGGCCUGGAGGAUCUCCUGGAAAACAAUUUCUCCAAAAUAGGCAGCUUGACGUGUUCUCCAGGGAGUCCGCUGGCAGAAGGCCUGACUCCAGAGGCUGCAGCAGAUUUGGGUUUGAACCCAGCAACAGCAGUUGGUGCUUCACUCAUUGAUGCUCAUGCUGGAGGCUUAGGUGUUAUAGGUGCUGAUGUGCAAGGCUUCGAAUUACCCUGCAAGGGUCGGCCGAUCACAUCCCGCAUGGCGAUGAUCUGUGGGACGUCCACUUGUCACAUGGCGAUCAGCGAGAAGCCUGUGUUUGUGCCAGGAGUGUGGGGACCCUACCUGUCUGCCAUGGUGCCAGGCCUGUGGCUCAGCGAGGGAGGACAGAGCGCCACAGGGAGGCUGAUUGACCACAUCGUGGAGGGCCACGCCGCUUACACCCAGCUGCAAAACCAGGUUAACCAGAGGGUUCCCUUCACAGGCACCAACAUCUACACCUACCUGAACAGCCACUUGACCCUGAUGGCCAGCUCCCAUUCUGCUGUGGACCUGCUGGGAUCCAGCCUUCAUGUGUGGCCGGAUUUCCAUGGGAACAGAUCACCGCUUGCUGAUCCGGCUUUGAAGGGAAUGGUGAUUGGAUUGUCUCUCUCCCAAACUUUGGAUGACUUGGCCCUGCUGUAUUUAGCUACCAUUCAAGCUCUUGCUCUCGGUACGCGCCACAUCCUGGACGCCAUGAAAGAAGCAGGACAUGACAUCAGAACCCUCUUCCUGUGCGGCGGCUUGAGUAAAAACCCUCUGUUUGUACAGGUCCAGGCCAACGCUACAGGACUGCCUGUGGUGUUGCCCAAUCAGAGCGAGGCCGUUUUAGUGGGAGCGGCGGUUCUGGGCGCGUGUGCAUCCCAGGACUGCAGAACCAUACAGGAGGCCAUGAAGAAAAUGGCUAAAGUGGGGAGAGUCGUUCAGCCGGACCUGGAGCUUCAGAGCUUCUAUGAGAGGAAGUACCAGGUGUUCCUGCAGCUGUUCUCCCACCAGAGGGAGUACCAGGCCCUCAUGAAGCACAAAUGAGACCAGCGAAGACAGGGGGGAACUGGAACAGAUGUCUUAACCCUGAAGUUCUGCUCGACGCAAAUGAUUUCACACGUUUGUUUUUGUUUCGUCAAAAGGGGGGAAAAAAGCAACACUUCCUUAGCGUCGGGCCGAGUGUUCAUUCUGUGGUUUGAUUUUAUUCGGAUGCAGAAUGUCAAACCGCUGAGCAGGCAGUUAGAGCUCACGUCUGCCUGAAGGUAAAAGACAUCUGUAUGACUCACAAGGGAUGCACAUUGUGAUUCAUUGGCAUCUUUAAAUGCAUUCCUAAUGAAAAAAGAAAUAAAUGUUGAGAACUUAACUAUAAA